GUUUGAAACAGCGAAUCUCCCGAGUUAAAUCGAAGGUUAGCGUGGGGGAGGCAGAGGAAGUGGUGCGAGCGAACAAAGGCUGUGUGGGGAACCAAUGACCGGAAUAGCCUGAUAUCCUCCAUCCAUCAUCCAAGAUGUCAAAAAGGCCAUCCUAUGCCCCUCCCCCUGCCCCAGCCCCCACCACACAAAUGCCCAACACCCCAGGGUUUGUGGGAUACAACCCAUACAGCCAUCUGGCCUACAACAACUACAGGCUGGGAGGGAACCCAGGCAGCAACAGCCGGGUCACGAAUUCAUCAGGAAUUACGAUCCCCAAACCUCCGAAGCCCCCAGACAAGCCUUUGAUGCCCUAUAUGAGAUACAGUAGAAAGGUUUGGGACCAAGUGAAAGCCUCCAACCCGGACCUGAAGCUAUGGGAAAUUGGGAAGAUAAUUGGUGGGAUGUGGCGGGACCUCACUGAUGAGGAGAAGCAGGAGUACUUGAACGAAUACGAGGCUGAGAAGAUUGAGUAUAAUGAAUCAAUGAAAGCCUACCACAAUUCCCCGGCCUACCUGGCCUACAUCAACGCAAAGAGCCGAGCAGAGGCAGCUCUGGAGGAGGAGAGCCGGCAGAGGCAGUCCCGCAUGGAGAAGGGCGAGCCCUACAUGAGCAUCCAGCCCGCCGAGGACCCUGACGAUUACGACGACGGGUUUUCCAUGAAGCACUCAGCCGCAGCCCGAUUCCAGAGGAACCACCGGCUGAUCAGCGAGAUCCUGAGCGAGAGCGUGGUGCCGGACGUGCGCUCUGUGGUCACCACGGCCAGGAUGCAGGUCCUGAAGCGCCAGGUCCAGUCUCUCAUGGUGCACCAGAGGAAGCUGGAAGCCGAGUUGCUCCAGAUUGAGGACCGCCACCAGGACAAGAAGAGGAAGUUUCUGGAGUCGACGGAGUCCUUUAACAGCGAGCUGAAGCGGGUGAGCAGGCCCAGCUUGGUGUCCCCAGGCCCCCCGCGUCCGUCUGUCUGUCUCUGUCCGUCCGCAGAGGAGCCGCGGGCGGAGGAGGCCUCCGAAGGCCAGCAGGCCAGCGAGGAGGGGGCGUCCACCACGGAGGACAAGGAGAGCGUGCCGGAGGGGGGGGACAGCGUCAUGGAGGAGGGGACCAGCGACAGCAACACCGGCUCGGAGAGCAACAGCGCCGCCCCGGAGGAGCCGCCCGCCGAGCCGGCCCCGGACGAGGGUCCCGGCGAGAAGCACGAGUGAGGGCGGCAGGGUCGCGGCCCCCCGCAAGGUCUUUCGUUCCUUUCAUCCCCCUUCCUGUCCGUUUCCUCUGUGGGAUGUGGAGAGCGUCUGCGCUUUCGUGUUUUUCUAGAUCUGUCAAAACCCGUGACGGGGGAAAUCUGGUCCAUUUGUAGUUUUAAUUUGGGCGAUUGAGGCUGUGGUGUUGAAAAUGUUGUCGAUUUUUAUCUUUCAGGGAAAUAUGAACUACGUUGCCAGUUUUUGGUAUGACAAACCAACAGCCUUAACCACCCAAAAGUGACGUUUUAGUGAGAAGGGAUGUUUUUUCUCCUUCGCAUGUAUUCGAUGUUAUCAGAUGGCCAAUGAAUGUCUGGCUACUUCAAAAUGGUCCGGUGGAGUCUGUGAACCUGUAGGGUUAGUAAAGUGUUUUAGAUAUCAGGCUAUAUAGCACAGAAAAAAACAUGAAUUUUAAAUCUUUUUUUAAUUACCAUUUUGUACCCCCCCCAAUAAAACCAUGAACUUCAACGUG